UCACACAAUUUCUUUUCAUUCCCAAAAAUGUCGCAAAUUGACAAUACUUUAAUCAAAGUGCGCGCCCGCUUGCGCGAGCGCAACAUCAAGCUGUGGGAGGAGCCCUACUACCUCGAGGGCAUCGGCAGCACUGAGUCUGAGCUGGAGCGUUUGUCGCAGGAAAUGAGCACGGAGCUGGGCAUCAGUGUGUCCAGCUGCCAGAGUGCGUUGUCCGAGAUGCAGGACGGGGAGCUGCGCAAGUUGGCCGCCAGCCGUGAGUACGAAGAGACUGGCCUGGCCACAUUCAAUGUGCGGGGCGUGGAGACCCGCGGCGGCACAGCCCAAAUGAUGGAGAUCAAGUGCCUGAUGGCUGGCUUGGGCUCGGAGCUGCAGGACAAAGUGGCACAGCGGCUGCAGCUGAGCGGUGGCAGCCACAUCAAGAUCAUCUCCGCCGGGCGCAUACUCUCCGGCCAGCAGUCGCUCGCCUCGCAGGGCCUGCAAAACAACCAACAGCUGAUGGUUGUGGUGGGCCAAUGUCGGGGCAAUGAGGUGGCUGGCGAGGCCUUGCACGAGCGCCUCCAAACGAUACGCCAGGAUAUCUUGCUGAUUGUCGAGUCGGAUCACCGCUUUGUGGUCCUUGCGGACCAGGUCGGCAAUCCGCUCGUUCUGCCAGAAGCAGAGCUCCGUGCCCUGGUCAGGGCGUUGAGUUUCAGCGAGAUGGGCCGCGCUGCCAUGUUCCGGGAGGAGUACGACCUGGCACUGCUGCUGCUGCUGGAGGGAGACGAAUUCUUCCCCAGCUGCCGUUCCUAUCAGCCUGUCUUGCUGGAGGCCGUGGACAACUGUGCGCUGAUCAAUCUGGACAUUGUGUGGUGCUAUUUGUGCCUGAAGAACAUCACCCAGCUGCCGGAUGCCCAGCGGCGUUUGCAAAUCUGCGAGAAGAAGUUUCGACGCACCUACGGCGACAAUCUCGAUCGCUUCAAUGAGAUGAACUCUCCGAAUCGGGCUCUGAUCGUGCGCCUCCACCUGCUGCAGGGCGUUGUCUUCUUUCAUUUGAAUCGCCGCGACAAGGCCCACGAGCGACUGGAACUGGCGGCCGCUGCGCUGGCCGAGCUGAAGGUCAACCCGGAGCUGCUCCAGCAGAUGGUGGACAUGGGCUUCACUGCAUCGGAUGCCAGGGUAGCCCUGCGCGCCACCGCUGGCCGCAUUGAUCGGGCCGUGGACUUUAUCAGCGAACGCAAGAAGCUCAAGGAGGCACGAGACGAGACUCUGCAGGGGCUUCAGGUCCAUAAUUAUGGGGGUGGCGCCUGCCCCCGUGCUGUCUGUAGCCUCAUUAACAUGGGCUUUGACCAGCAGCUGGUGGUGGAGGCAUUGAAACGCACCAAAAACAAUCUGGAACGCAGCAUUGAUCUGCUGCAGCAUGAGGCAGACGAGCUGCGUGCCAAUCUGCCCGCAGCCCAGCCCGCGGAUGGGGCACUCCUCGCCACACUCCAGCAACUCGGCUUUACCUUGGCCACAGCCCGUACUGCGCUUGAGACUUCAGAGAACAACUUGGAGGCAGCCAUUCAGUUCCUAUUGAAAAUGUUGUCCGUAAAGGUGCUACGGAGCAUCAUUGAAGCGAUGACACGCCUGCUGGAAGAUCACGCUGCAUCGGGAUCACCAUGUGCAUUGCCGGCACUCGUCCAAACGGUGCUCGAACAGGCCAAGUCCAGGUUGGAGUCGUUCACAGCCUUUCAACGUUUCAAAGCAGAGGUUAUUGGCAACGCCAUGAUGUACUUGGACUUGCCAUUGGAGCAGGAGGAGCAAAUACUGAUGGAAUACAAGAACCUGUUGGAACGUUAACACAUUUAUCUUGUUAUAAAUUGUAGCAGCCA